AGGCCUUCCUCGUGGGGCUUGUGCUCUCUUUUGGUGGCACUGCCUCAGAGUGAGCAGUCCUAUCAUGGAUUUCAGAGACUAAAACCGAGAACAUUCACAUUUAGGAACGUGCACCCAGCCGACUUUUACAUCAAGCAAUUGAACUUCUUCAGCUGUGUUCGGUAUCGGUCCAUGCGGGUGACAAGUCUGAAUAAUGAGUAGUAUCUUCAGACAGCACGCAUCUGCGAAACUUCAUAUGCGUUUCUGGGCAUUGCUGUUAUUUUUCACUGGGGCCGAUAUACACACAGGAGAGGCGAAAAGCCAGCCUCGCGCGGCGCUGCGGUACCACGCCAUUGAGGGAUGCAAGGGCGUGCAGACUCCUUUCAAGGUGCUCAACUCGUCCAUAAGUCGCACCAAACAAGGGGUCUAUUUCAUCAGCGUCGAUUUCUACAACCAUAAAGUUAUGAAGACAAUAACCAAGAUGGAGUUGUCUCUCACGAAGUGCGCGGACGCCGUGUCGUACAACACCUGCGAGUACGAUGGUACACACAAGUUCACCGUGGGUUUGUGCCAACUGCUGACCUCUCCGACCAUGCCGUGGGCAUCUACGAUGAACAGGCUGCAGCCGCCGCUGCGCUGCCCUCUUCAAGCCGGCCCAUAUACGAUAAAGAAUGCAACGGUGGACAUGACGGCCGUGAUGAAAGCCGCAGGCCCGGGAGUCAUUCAAACCACUUUCGGGAAUGUCAACAUGGCGGACGUUAAGUGCUUCAACGAGAAGAAUGAAGUACACCUUUCAGAGAAUGUUCGGACCACCGAACCAGGGAGUCUAAGUCCAGCAGAACUGGCCAAACAACCUCUACCAACGCCUCGCAACCGCAGGAGCCGUUCUGGAGAUGGUCACUAUGCGUGUCUGGGCCUUCCUCCUGAUUUUCACUGCGAUAAACACUGAUGUUAAAGUGUUCGCAGCGAAGGGGCAGCCCCGCUCGGCACUGCAGUUCCACGCCUUCCAAGGAUGCAAGGGUGCGCCGACUCAUCUUGACAUCCUCAACUCGUCCGUCAGUCGCUCUAAACAAGGAGUGUCUUUCAUGAGUGCC